AUGAAAAUUGUCAUCAAGACUCUUUAAGGAAAAUAACUCCCACUCGAGGUCGAAGAGACUGACACAAUCAGACAAGUCAAGGAGAAGAUCCAAGCCGAGCAUCAAAUGCAAGCAGACUUAAUGAAGCUGAUUGCUUAUGGAAAGGUCAUGGAAGAAGAUAGUAAGACUCUUAAGGAUUACUCCAUAAAAGAAGGUGAUUUUUUGGUCGUCAUGAUAGCAAAGGCUAAGCCAGCUCCAAAGUAAAAAGAAGAUGUUAAGCAAGAGGAAUCUGCUGCUUCAUAAUAACAGCAAUAACAACCACCAAUUCAACAACAAUAACAACAACCUAUCCAAUAAUAACAACCAGCAGCACAAUAGCAAUAGCAACCAAUUGGAUCAGCUGCAGGUGGUCAAAUAACUCCCGAGUAGGAAGCAUAAGUUUAGGAAUUGAUCAUGAUAUCCGGAAAGCCAAGAGAUCAAUGUAUUUUAGCUUUAAGAGCUGCAUUUGGAAAUCCAGAUCGUGCAUGUGAGUAUCUUUUCUCAGGUGUUAAUCUAGCUGGCCUUUCUCAACCAGGUGGACUUGAAAAUGCAGGAGGUGAUGAAAUGGGAGAUGAUUAUGGUGAUGAAGAGGGAUCCUAAGAUCCAUUUGGAGGAGCUGGCAAUCCAUUUGCCGCUUUAGCCCAAAAUCCAAACUUCAAUAUGGUCAGAUAAAGAAUUCUCUAAGACCCAUAAUUCUAUCAAUAAUUCAUGGCCUAGCUUUAAACCACCUAACCUCAACUCUUCUAACUCAUCCAAUCAAACCCAAUGGCAUUCAUGAAUCUACUGAUUGCUGGAGAUCCAAACGCAGCUGCUCUAGGAGGAGCUGGAGGAGCCGGUGCAGGAGCUCAUGGAGGCAUGGGUGGUAUGGGAGGUUAAGCUAACCCACCAGGAUCUAUUAGAGUUACUCAAGAGGAGAUGGAUGCAAUCAAUAGAUUAACAUCAUUAGGUUUCCCUAAGCAUAAAGCAGCAGAGGCAUAUUUUGCUUGUGAUAAAAAUGAAGAACUUGCAGCUAAUUACCUAUUUGAAACUGGUUUUGAAGAUGAGGAGGCAGCUCUCCAAGAAUCAAUUGUUGCUUCAUCUUAAAACUAGUAGCAACAAUAGCCACCUAAUCAAAACUAACAACAGCCAGGUGGUGGUAGUGGUAAUGGUGGUGAUCAAUAAUAGCCAGGCGGUGGAAAUAACGGAGGAGAUAAUAAACCCGAUGAUGACGAUUCAAGUCUAUUGUGA